AGCUUAGCGUUGCAGUGGUUGCUUACACCCUGACACUGAGAGACAGUGUGCGAAUUUAUUUCCCCAUACUGCUCUGGCAAAAAAGAGAAAUUACUUGGGUGCUGUUGCUCACUUUUUUCCAAUUCAUUUGAACUUUAUCUCUUGUUGAUGCGAGUGGGAAAGGCGGAAGGUUAUUCGUUUUUUUGGUACUUUCAGCAUGUCUUUCUGGUUGCUCUAGACACACCCCACCCCUGGGUAUUUUUUUCGCCUGCCAACCUUCUGUUUUAGUGUAAUUUAGAUCUGACAGAUCCUCCACCGCAAACAUGGAGUGUGACAAAAAGACCUGUUUUACCGAGAUAGACAACUUGAUUUGAGCUUCAUGUUCUGUGAAGUUAAUUUCUGCCCAUCUAAGAGAGUAUUCAGACUCAAAUCAGUCUCAAAGGGGAAAAACAAAUUGGUCCCCCAAGGUGUAGAUGACCUGGACUGAGCCAAUAAAUUGAGGGAGAAAGAAAGAGAGGGUGGACAAGACCCAAACGGACCUUUCUAUUGUUUUAGCAUCAUUUCUUUCCGUGGAAGCGGAUCGAAAUAUUUUCAGCUGUGUGCCUGGCUUGAAGCUCUUUCUAAUUUGAAGAGUGUAGUCCAGAGUGGUCUGUGUGUUUGUGUGCAUGUGGGGAGUCUCUGGAGCGGCAGGAGAGUGCCCAUCAGUCUGAGUCUUCCCUGUGUCUGCUGUUGCACCAUGACCACUGCAGUCCAGCCCAAUGAGCUUGUCUUCGAGUUUGCCAGCAAUGGCAUGGAUGAAAUCAACCAGCUGGAUGAUCCAUCUGUGUUUCCAGCUGUGAUCGUAGAGCAGGUGCCUGCUGCUGACCUCAUGCAGGUGUAUUCAGGGCUGGAGGCUGAUGAGGUCACCAAUGGCAUUAUAGUGGAUACUAUACAGCAUGAAGUGGAGGAGAACAUUAUGGUGGGAGAUGUAGGGCUGUCUGAGACUCCAGUCUCUGGAGGAGAAGACAAUGUAGAGACCAUUGAGGCAGCUGAGGCAUUGCUGAAUAUGGAGUCCCCCAACAACAUCCUGGAUGAGAAACGCAUGAUUCACACAUAUGGAGCUCUGCUGGAACCAGACCUGACCUACAUAUCUUUGCGGCCAGAGCAACUUUCUGCUGACUGCAUGGAUGUCUCUCUGGAUGAAGAAACAUCCUCUAUGGAUGAGAUUCCACAGAAGAGUCCAUCCAAACCACCUAGGAAAAAUAAAGUGCGCAAACCUAGGGUAGUGCGACCUUGUUCCCCUAUCACCAAUCCUACACUUCCUCUAAAGAAAAAGAGUAAAGAAGGAAAAGGUAACACAAUUUACCUGUGGGAGUUUUUGCUGGCUUUGCUGCAAGAUAAAAACACCUGUCCCAAAUAUAUCAAGUGGACACAGCGAGAGAAGGGUAUCUUUAAGUUAGUGGAUUCCAAGGCUGUGUCCAAGCUGUGGGGAAAGCACAAGAACAAGCCGGAUAUGAACUAUGAGACUAUGGGAAGGGCUCUCAGGUAUUAUUACCAGAGGGGCAUUCUGGCCAAAGUUGAAGGUCAGAGGCUUGUGUACCAGUUUAAGGAGAUGCCCACCGAUCUAGUAGUCAUUGAUGAAGAUGAUGGGCAGUGUGAAGACUCAGGCACUGGGUUUGGCAGCCAGCGCUCCAACUGUCACAGUCGUGUCAUUAACCGUGGAGCAUCACGUACCCAGGGCAAAGGGUCAGGCCACACACAUAACAGGGCAUUAAAGAAGGAACCAGGUGCCAGUGUGCUCUACCAGAAUGCCAAAUGCAAACAAAGUGAGCAGCUGAUGCAGACUGUACAUGUGCUGCAGCCAAACCAGGGAGCUGCUGUCCCUGCUCCUGCACACACAAUGAGAACUAUUAACAUGCCUGCCACUGUUCCCAUGGUCCUUACAUCUGGAUCGCAAGGAGGAGCAUCAGUUACACUGCAGACGGUACCCUUAUCCUCUGUACUGGCCAAUGGCGACACUCUGAAUGGUCUGACCCGUGUGGUUACUCUUAAUGCCAAUGGGCAGCCUGUGGUAGCACAGCAGCCUGGUACUGUAAUUGCUACCGUGCUAAAGCCUGGAGAGCUUCAGAAGCUGCAGGUAAAAGAGGAGAUCCUGGAGCCACAGUUCCUGCAGUCACUGGUCAAUGGCAAUGCACUAUGUAAGGAGGAGACAGAUGGAGGGUUAUCUGAGCUUGGCCAUAGGACUGUAAUUGUUGGUGUUGCUGGCCAAGGAAUGUGCCAGUUUUCUAAUGGACACUCUAAGGCAGGGGCAGAGCUGGCAAGCAGCCCCAGUGAGGGUCUAACCCCAGUAGAAGAGCUGGAGGUGAAGAGCGAAAUUGCUGGAGCCAAAGAGUUGCUAGGAUGCCCGCAAGUGCCUGUUCCUGUACAAAUACCAACUUCCCAGUUCAUUCAGGUGAAAUCGGAGCUCUCUGAAACCUAAAAAUAUACCAAGGUCAGGAGACCACAAACUGUGCUUAAAUAAUCCAGUGAAAGUCACCAAAGGACUGUUGUUUACUCACAAUAUUGUGACAUCGUGCCUAAAUUUGAAUAUUAAGGGAUAGUUAUAUAAACCUCUGCUGGAUAGCCCUGUGGCAUCACCUUCAAUCCAUUUUGCUAUCCUGUAAUCAGAAUUCAGCCAUUUCUUGGACCAGGAAUUGUUCUGCCUUUUGCCAGUUUUUUUUUUUUUUUUUUUUUUUAUGAAAUCUCAAUGGACCUGCAAUUUUUUAUACUCCCCCAAAAAAUGGAGCCAAAUAGCACAUUUAAGUGUUGACAGACAGCUGCUAUGGAAUGAAACAAACCCAAUAAAUAGUAGGUUCGAGGAUAUUUUCACUUAAGCAGGGUGAAGUGUUUGCUUGAGGUUUUUUGUUGCCCAGACUGAAAAAGUGCCUUCCGUUACUGGCACAAAUGGUUCAAAUUAUUUUUUAUAUCUUAGAUUAGAUGCAAGAAUAUGCAGAUAAAAGAUGUUGGGAACUAACAGACUUUGCCUACACCAACACAUUGCUGAAACCUGGUUAUUUUCAUAUUGUAAAACAAAGUUUCUUCAAGGAUUUGUUUUGUUACUAUGGAAAUGGGCAUUCUCUGUCAUAAAAGACAGUUUAUUUAGACAUGCCUUUAUACAUGUACUGAAUACAGUAAAUACAAUGACAAAUUCCCCAAUUGUCUGCUUUAGAAGCAGAGUAUUUCUCCAUUACUCCUUAAUCAAUGUUUAUAUAAAUCAAAUGCCAUGUAAGACAAAAUAUACAGUAUAUAAAUAUAUGAUAUACCACUGAGAUUUGGUUAAUGGCCACACAUUUAUUUAUUUUGUGAAUUUCUAAAUUAUGUAUAAAUGGUUUAAUUUUUUAUUGUAAUUAAUAUUGGGAACAUGCAGUAUAUAUAAAGUUAUUUCAGUCUACAUGUUAGUUUUAUUGCAAGUUGUAUAUUUCAAUUUACUUGGCACCCCUUAUAUAUUUUAUGUAUUUUCAAUAUAAUAAGUAAAAUUUUUACAUAUAUAGAGCUUUAUGAGAUUGACCUCUGCCUUGUUAUCUACUGUGAUGUUUUUAAAGCCUUAAAAUUGUACAGAGCUUAUUUGUUUAUGUUUCUAAUCUUAAGCUGACAUACUUUUACUCUUAAAAGUAGACAAACCAAAAUGGGCCUUUUUUAUACCUUGUCAUUUCACGUGCAUUGAAUAUCAGGAUUAUAUUAGAUCAAUAUUAUGGAUAUGGAAAUGAUAAAAUGUAAUGUGAGGUCUGAGAUAUUUUAACCCAAUACGUUUGUGUGUGUGUGUGUGUGUGUGUGUGUGUGUGUAUAAUUUUCUAUAUAUGUGU